UCUUCCGGGGACGGCUUCCGUAGGCAUUCAGAAUGGUCCGGCGUUUGACCUACCGUCGUAGGCUGUCCUACAAUACAGCCUCUAAUAAAACUAGGCUGUCCCGAACCCCAGGUAAUAGAAUCGUUUACCUUUAUACCAAGAAGGUUGGGAAAGCACCAAAAUCUGCAUGUGGCGUGUGCCCAGGCCGACUUCGAGGAGUUCAUGCUGUGAGGCCUAAAGUGCUUAUGAGGUUGUCUAAAACGAAAAAACAUGUCAGCAGGGCCUAUGGUGGUUCCAUGUGUGCCAAGUGUGUUCGUGACAGGAUCAAGCGUGCUUUCCUUAUCGAGGAGCAGAAAAUCGUUGUGAAAGUUUUGAAGGCACAAGCACAGAGUCAGAAAGCUAAAUAAAAAAAUGAAGCAGUUUUGAGUAAUAAAAAAAUCAAAAGGCAAAAAAAAAAAAAAAA